UACUCUUCUUAUCGGUAUCAGGACCUUUGUAUAGCAAUAAUUCUAUUGAUUCUAGUUUGCUUGAGUUGAAAUACUUAAAUUAUUUGGAUUUAAGUUGGAAUGACUUCGACUAUACUCAGAUUUCCUAAAUGAGGAGGAACUUUUCCUGCAAAGGAUGCAUGAGAAAGAUUAAGAUAUGUUAAUUCAACCAUUGAACCUAAAAAGCUUGGGAUUUGAGUAUAGUCGAAGUCAUUCCAACUUAAAUCCAAAUUGGGUUCAAUAUAAUGAUGAUGUUGAAUGGAUGUAUCACCUAUCAUCCUUACAACUUCUUUGGUUGAGUGAGACCAACUUUUCACAAGCAUCAAAUUUGAUGGAAGUGUUAAGUUCUCUUCCUUUGUUGUUGUCCUUAAGAUUGGAGGAUUGUAGCCUCCGAAACAUCCAUUUUUCUUUCGUUUCCUUGAAUUAUUCUUCAUUUCUUUCUAGGGUUCAACUUCUAAGCUUGUCUUACAAUGAAUUGAAUGGUCCAACUCCUAAGGUUUUUCAAAAUAUGACUUCUUUGAAAUUACUAGACCUUUCAGGAAAUCACUUUACAACGAUUGAUGGUGGACUUUUUUUUUUCAUGAGAAAUAAAUGUGGCCUAGAAGUAUUUGAUUUUUCCCACAACUUUUAUUUCGGUGGAGAUGUGUUUGGAAGUAGUUAUGAGAAUGAAUCUAUGGAUUGUAGCAAUGGAUAUCAUCUUCAAGUGCUUAACUUACAAUUUACAUCUAUAAAAACCGAAAUUCCAGAUUGGUUGAAAAAGUUCAAAAACUUAAAGUCCCUUAACCUUUAUAACAGUAGCAUUCAUGGUCCAGUUCCUAAUUGGCUUGGAAAUUUAUCAAGCCUUGAAUAUUUAGAUCUUUCAGAAAAUGCUUUAAUCGGAGCAAUUCCAACCGCAAUUGGAGGAUUAUUAAACUUGAGAGAGUUACAUCUUUCAAAAAAUAGAUUGGAGGGGGUGAGCGACGAAUGCUUUAUGCAACUUGAAAAGUUGGAGUUGUUAGAUAUAUCAAAAAACUUGUUCAUCAAAGUCGUUCUUACAGAAGCUACUUUUGCAAAUCUCUCUCGUUUAGAUACCUUAGUGAUUGGCCACAAUGAGCAUCUUUCAUUGGACAUAGAUCCUAACUGGAUUCCUCCUUUUCAAUUAAAAUUGCUUGCUGCAGACUCAUGUAUUCACUGUUUUGGAAGUGAAUUCCCUCCAUGGCUUCAAAACCAAAAGUCAUUGAUUAGUUUACUUUUGUCCAAUUUGAGUAUCUCAAGUGCUAUACCAACAUGGUUGGCACCACAAAAUCUCACCACUUUGGAUCUUUCCCACAACAAAUUGAGUGGACCAAUUUUUACCAGAAUUGUCGAUCAAAUGCCUGAGUUGGACGAGUUAAUUCUCAAUGAUAAUCUUAUCAACGAUUCUUUAUUAUCUUCACUCUGCCAAUUGAACAAUUUGUACUUUUUGGAUCUUUCAAAUAAUAGGUUAACUGGAAUUCUUCAAGCUUGUUUGUUGACUCCAUAUUUGACAUAUUUGGAUUUGUCCUCAAACAACUUUUCUGGGACCUUUCCAAAUUUUGGUAAUCUUGGUGGUAUUCAACAACUAUACUUGAGCAACAAUAAUUUUGAGGGAUCCAUGCCAAUUUUAUUGAAGAAUGCUCAAUUGUUGGAUACAUUAGAUCUGGAAGGAAAUAAGUUCUUUGGAAAUAUUCCAACAUGGGUAGGAAAUAAUCUUGAAAGGCUGGAAUUGUUAAUACUACGAGGUAAUUUGUUCAAUGGUACUAUUCCUUCAACUCUAUGCAAACUCAGUAACCUGCGGAUAUUGGAUCUUGCACACAAUCAAUUAGAAGGAGGCAUUCCACCAAAUCUCAGCAACUUCGAUGUAAUGACGGGAGGAAGAAAAACAAAUGGUUAUUACACCAUUUGUAGAAGUAGUUUAAUUUGCAUUGAUAGUGAUACAAAAUAUUUAGUACAACGCAUCAAAUCAAGUGAUUUAAAUUACUCUAUGGAACAACUAAAAAUGUUUUUGGUAAAUAUAGACCUCUCCGGAAAUCAUUUGGUUGGAUCAAUUCCAAGUGACAUAAUUCAGCUUAAAGGAUUAUUUGGAUUGAAUUUGUCCCACAAUAACCUAACUGGGACAAUUCCUGCAGAAAUAGGAGAAAUGGGGGUGUUAGAAUCACUCGACUUAUCUUUCAACCAACUUUCAGGACCAAUUCCUAGAAGCAUAUCAAAACUAAGUAAAUUAGGCGUGUUGAUAUUAUCUCACAACAAUCUUUCCGGAGAAAUUCCUCGCGAAGGUCAUCUCUCGACAUUCAACGAAGCUUCAAGCUUUGAUGACAAUCCAUAUCUAUGUGGGAAUCCACUUCCAACCAAAUGUGCAAUUGAGAAUUCAUCUAAGCGACCAAUGAAAAAUAUUGACAAUCCAGAUCAAGAGGAAGAUAAAUGGGAGAAGUGGUUGCUUUACAUAAUGAUAGCCCUCGGAUAUAUAAUUGGAUUUUGGGGUGUUGUUGGAAGUUUAAUAUUGAAGAAAAGUUGGAGAGAAAGAUAUUUCAAGUUUGUGGAGAAUGCUUGUUACAAAGUUGAUGCAGCAACUAGGAGGAGCAUACAAUUGCUUAAAGAACGAAUCUCCAUGCGAAUGAGUUAGCUGAAGGGAUUCAUUCAAGAACUUUGAAAGACAAAUCUUUGGGAGUUGAUAUCUAAAGAAGAUCCAGAAGUCUCAAGAUCAAAAAGGGUGUUGAAGUUCAAAAGCAAGAGGCCAAUAUCAUUUUUUCUUCCUCUCUUUCAUAAUCAUGAUAUAUGAUGAUAUAGAGCAUAUUAAGAAAUAGGAGAAUUUUAAAUAUCAUAAUUUAUUUUGCUA